GUCUAAUCAAUAAUGUUAAAAGUUAAAACAAACAAGAAGAGUAAGAACAGAUGAUGAUUGAUGUAAAUAAACGACCGGUGUGUUUUGUGUUGUCGAGUUCAUUGUAUUUGCGUCUGGUGGUUUUAUGUCGGUUUGCGUAAUUUUCUAUUUUGAUUUAACCAAGGAGGCUAAACAUUCGGUUUGUUGAGGAUAUUAAAACAAAUCCAGAUGCAUGCGGCCACUGUUGUUGAGCAUGCCGUUGAACGCAGCGGCUACCGUAACGGCCACCGUCGCCGUUGUCGUUAGAUGACCAUGCGCCGGUCGGGCUGCCACCGUUGUCUCGGAUUCGCAUUGCGUCAGUGGUGCUGAGUCGCGCGUCGCCGACGACCACACAGUCCCGCCGCGAACGUCUGUUAUCGUACGCACACACAAUAUCCUUUAAUUCGUUAUUUUUAUUUCGCUCUCCUCUUCCUACCCCCAACGUGUAUCGGUUUAAAAAAAAAUGUAUAGUUUUUUUUUUGUUAAGUAAUUAAUAGCUAACGCGGUGUUUUGAUUUGACCACUUUCACGUGUUCGUGUUUUCGUGAUAUUUAUAAACAUAUAUAUGUAUGUAUAAUACUCUUAUUGUUUUAGUAUUAAAGACUAACAGUCGUUAAUUAUCAUUAUCCUUUCGUGGUAUUUUCGUUGUACCCGUUCAGUUUCUCCGUAAAUCGACUCGAUGUGAACGGCCGACCGGUACUACGUGUACAACAACGUCAAAUGUCGUCCGUACGACUGCAGUUGGCCAUGAAGAAAACGCCGGUUUUAAUCGGCGCGGUCGCUCUGCUGAUAACAGCGGUCAUGUGGGCGCCUGAAGCCGAAGCGGGAUGGCAGGAAAACGUCCGACCGAAAAUAUCUGCUGUUCGAAUGUCGGAACACAGCAAGAUAUUUUCCGGAAAUAAUACACACACUGAUUACUUCAAGACAUUGCUGAGAGAUGGCAACAACAUUCUGGUUGGAGCAAGGAACGUCGUAUACAAUCUCAGUUUACCAGAUCUAACAGAAAAUCAGAGAUUGGAAUGGCAUUCGACUGACGUUGACUACAAGAUGUGUUUGGUUAAAGGCAAAGAUGAGGAUAACUGUCAGAAUUACAUUAGAGUGCUAGCGAAAAUGACUUCUGGCCGGCUUCUAGUUUGCGGCACGAACUCUUAUAAACCUCUUUGCCGGGAUUACUCCAUUGAUCCCGGAAGUUAUUCUUUAGGCAAAGAAAGUCCUGGUCAAGCCGUAUGUCCUUACGAUCCAAAACAUAACAGUACCUACGUGUAUGUCGAUGGAAAUCUUUUUUCUGCCACGGUGGCCGACUUCUCCAGUAUGGAUCCGAUAAUUUACAAAGAACAACUUCAAACCGAACAGUACGAUUCUUUAAGUCUCAACGCUCCGCAUUUCGUGCAUUCUUUUGCUCAUGGCGAUUUCGUCUACUUCUUCUUUCGCGAGACUGCUGUCGAAUAUAUAAACUGCGGAAAAAACGUUUUCUCUCGGGUUGCCAGAGUGUGCAAAAACGACCGCGGUGGACCGCAACAGCUCAAAAACCGAUGGACCUCCUACUUAAAAUCUCGUCUCAACUGUUCUGUUCCCGGCGAGUUUCCGUUUUACUUCAACGAAAUACAAUCUGCCACGGACCUCGUGCAAGGUAAUUACGGCGGUAAACCUUAUCAAAUGAUGUAUGGUGUGUUCACGACACCCGUCAACAGCAUCACGGGAUCGGCGGUUUGCGCCUUCUCGUUGGCAGACGUCCUGGAUUCGUUCGAGGGAGAGUUCAAGGAACAGAACUAUAUGAACUCCAAUUGGCUACCCGUCCCCGGUUCUAAGGUGCCCGACCCUAGGCCGGGUCAGUGCGCCAACGACUCCAGAACUCUUCCCGACCUCACACUCAACUUCAUCAAAAGCCACUCGCUCAUGGACGAAGCCGUUCGGUCGUUCUACAGGCAACCCAUCAUAAUCCGCACCAGUGUCAAUUACAGGUUUACGGUCAUAGCCGUCGAUCCCCAAGUGAAAGCCAUCGACGGCAAAACCUACGACGUGCUCUUCAUCGGCACAGAUAGCGGAAAAGUGUUGAAAGCUAUUAACGCGGCCAGUGCGGACAGCACGGAAAAAGUCAGUCCGGUUGUCAUUGAAGAGCUCUACGAAUUCGGUGGUCCCGGAACAACGGCGGCUGUGAGAAAUAUAAGACUCGAAGGCAAAAGACUGUUGGUCGUUACUGACAGACAAGUGGUGUCUCUUCCACUCGACAGAUGUCAAAAUCCACUCAUAGCCACUUGCAGUGAAUGCAUUGGACUUCAAGAUCCGUACUGUGCAUGGGACAAAGUAAACAAGAAAUGUCGUUCAAUGCGAGAAAUACCUUCCAGUCGUUGGCACGAAUUUUACCAGAGCAUUCAAAGUGGCAUGCAUCAUGAAUGUCCUUCAGGUCUUAGCCGUAAAGACAUAUUUUCUUCAAACGCUCAAAGUGGAACUAUUGGCAAAUCUUUUGAAGACAUUAGCGACACUAAUACAAUAAACCUUUCACAAGAUGAUCAAGCUUCUUCAUUUGGCACAGACAACGAUGGCGUCAGAGUAGAUGAACGACAAGAAGGAGGUUAUACCAUCGAGACAAUAUUGACUGCUGUUUUUGCCGCUUGUUUAGCUGCAUUAUUAGCAGGAUUUUUGGCAGGUUAUGCAUGUGCUCGACGAUGCGCAAAAAGCGAAGACGAUAAUUUACCAUAUCCAGACACUGAAUAUGAAUAUUUUGAACAACGGCACAACAUGAACGCAAGAAGAUUGGGUGAACCUAAACUACUCCCGCAAGAAGAAGUCACCUAUGCCGAACCCGUGCUUAUACCGCCUAAUAAGGUAAUACACGGAUCACCCAAAGCCACAUUGAGACAUACACCGAUGCCGCCAAUGGGUUUUACUCAAUUCCAACCAAAUAAUGCUCAGGACAGUUACUAUUCUCAACAACAGAAUAUUAGGGAUCACUUCGGAACACUCAGGUCUCAGAGAGAACAUAAAAAUGAUGGAAGCAACUAUCGGGAUGGCUUUGGUACGACUAGAAGUGUGAAAAAAGUGUACCUCUGAGCUCAUCGCCAUCACCACCGGCAUCCCCUUCAGUGGCCGCACGUAUUACUCCGCAACCACCAUUACAACAGCAGCAGCAGCAGCAGCAACAACAACAACAACAACAACAACAACAACAACAACCUCCAUGCAGUUUUAUUUAUAGGGCUGGUGUAUAAUUUGUUAAUUAAAGUACACUAUUUUUGUUUGUUUUGGUUUUUUACUAUUAUUAUUAUUACUUAGCGUCGAUUCAUGUCCAUGAAAGUAACACCGAGACUAGGGAGUUAGCUGAUAUUGGUUUUGAUGUUGUUUGUUGCUACAUGUAUCAGACAUGUUUAUAUUUUAACUAUACUAUCGACCUUAGAAUGAGCAUUUUAGAUGGCUGUAAACAAAAUUGUUCAAGAGUUUAACAGUAGAAAUAUUUAUUAACAAUUAUCAUAACACAAGAAACAUUUGUGUUUAUAUUUUGACAUAGUAAUUAACUAUAAGACAUUUUUUUUAGAUCGCUGCAAACUUUUUCCAAUAAUAUAAAAAUGUGAUAGUUAUUUUAAUGCCUUUAUUUAUUAUUAAUAUAAUCUCAUUCUCAUUUAGAUUACGACUUGCACGCUAUAAUAAGGAAUUUUUUUUAUUUAUAAAAUGUAAUUUAUACAUGUUUGUUAUCAUUUAUCCUUUUGCCAAUUUUGUCUCGUCAUAUUAUUAUUUAUUUAGAUAUCUUUCAUUUAUUAGGACUGAAGUCUUAUCGCCAAGUGUUUUUUCUCUAAUAAUUUCUCAGUAAUUUUAAUUAAUAAAAACAAAAUAAUUUAAGUUAUUAUUAUUAUUAAUAUUAGUUAAUAAACUCAACAUCCAUGUAAAUAUAAUCAUGAGUUUUGUUUAGCCCUUUUCUUUGCUUUUUUUUUUACUUUUGUAUUCAUAGGCGGAAGAUUUGUCUAAAUUAAUCAAUAUAAACAUACAUAUUUUUUUUUAGUAAUUUUACAUUGGCAACAAAAUAAUUAUUUACAUUGUAUGUUUAUUAAUUAGAACUACUUAUUAUUGCCUAUUUAUUUUUGAUAGCUUUUCUUUAAAUAU